AUGGGCACGAACUUGAAGCCGUUAUCGCUUUCUAUACUUGGCGUCGAGCCGCUUGAUGAGUUCAUUCGAGAGAUUGCAGAUUUUAUCUAUGAGUGUAUUAGGACUCGACCGGAUGUGGAUGGACAGGUGGAGGUGGAGGCGAAGUUGGGCUUGUUGAAAUAUCGGGAUGACAACGUGCGUGUUGCGUUCCCUGUUCGUUCGGAAGCGAUUAUUUCUAGCGAUGACCAUAGGUUCGAAUCUAACAUGACAGCGCUACAACACAAACAUUUCAACCAGCGACUCAACCAGCUCGAAGCAUCUUCACACCGACCAGACUAUCCCUCUUCACCUAUUCGAUACCAACAUUCUUACCUUAUUGAUUCGUUCUACCCGUCCGAGGGCUCGGACAAGAUUCGCGUCACCCGAGAUGAGAAAACUGGAGACGUGAAGGAAUGUAUGAAGAAAAUACGAUUGGGUAACUUGGAUAUCUUUAGUCCGAAGAAUAAUGCGGAUUGGCGGGUUAGUGUUAAUAUGGAGAUUCCAGUCCCACAUCCGGUUGGUUCUGUCUCGUUCUCGCGAAGAAAGGAUCGCAUGUCGUACUCGCAUGAGGAAUUUGUUAUUGACCUUACACAGGUUACGCAGACGUCUGGUCCCGGUGGUCAGCCACAAAUCAUGCAUGAACUGGAAGUUGAGCUCGCACGGCCGUCUGUUCUGCUCUCCACAGCAGCUGUACGCGGCGCAGAGAACGCACCACCGCUGGAAAGAGACGCGUAUGACGAACUGAUUCGUGCGUUCGUGAAUAACGUGCGGGUCCUUGUUAGGAAUACGAGGCCACCAGUAUGA